AUGAGCACGCCGAGCAAGCGGCGAAAGAAGAACGACUACCAGGCCUCGCCACAGCCGGUCAAGAGCUUGGACUACUUCUUUGGCAAGCAGCGAGCUGAGAAGGAAGCGAAACCAGAUGGAGAGACUGCCGUGAAAGAGCAGGCCAAGGACCAUCAUACGGGCACAGAUGUGGAAGCAACUGGCGGCAGCGAUGAAGAGUUGACGGAUGAACAGCUUGCGCGCAAGCUACAGGCGCAAUGGGAUGAAGAGGAGAGGCUUCAGCAGACAAACGGCCAUGAAUCCACAGCACAAGAAGAUCAGGAAGUACUCACCGAACACAUGGUGGCGGAUGGCCUCCAAUCUCCUCAGAAGGCUUCAAAUGAGGGGGAAGGCGAAAAUGGCACAGGCAACACCACUUCAGCUACCAAUAACGCGUUCGCGGCCAUGGGCAAGAAGAACACGCUCUCCCUGCAAUCCGCGACCGCCGAGGAAGACACCGUAUCCCAUGAAAUUCCGUUCGACGAGUCGCCUCUCAUAUUCGAUCCUCAAAAGUACAUACCUGAGUUGAAGAAGCAGUGGGCUUCUGAAGGUGGGCUGGCAACAUAUGCCUUGCUCACUCACUGCUUCGUCCUCGUCAACAGUACGCAAUCACGAAUCAAGAUUGUUGAUACACUUGUCAACUUGAUUCGUACCCUCAUUGAAGGUGAUCCAGACUCGUUGCUUCCCGCUGUCUGGCUAGCGACCAACGCCAUAUCUCCCCCAUACGUCGACAUCGAGCUCGGACUGGGAGGUUCGGCCAUCUCUAAGGCUUUGAAAAAAGUCUGCGGACUGGACAAUUCUUCGCUAAAGACAUUAUACAACAAGUACGGCGAUGCGGGAGAUGUGGCAUUUGAGGCCAAGAAACGACAAAGUCUCACACUUCGCAAGCCGAAGCCUCUCACCAUCAAGGGCGUUUACGAAAGUUUGCACAAGAUUGCCAAUGCAAAAGGACAGGGCUGUCAAGAGGUCAAGCAGCGAAUCGUCGAAAGAUUGGUGCAAGAUGCUAGAGGUGCCGAAGAGAGCAGAUACAUUGUUCGUACUUUGGUGCAACACCUUCGAAUUGGCGCUGUGAAGACGACUAUGCUCAUUGCUCUGUCUCGCGCGUUCUUGCUUUCCAAGCCACCAGGAUCCUCGUAUGCAACGAAAUCGAGAGACGAACUUCGAAAAUUCAGCAAGCAGGACUUGGCCGAAGUCUACUCUCAUGGUGAGGAGUUGGUAAAAGCCAGUUUUGCCCGUCGACCCAAUUAUAACGACUUGGUUCCUACACUCAUCGACAUUGGCAUUGACGAUGAGCUGCUAAUACGAUGCGGGCUGGCAAUGCACAUCCCUCUGCGGCCUAUGUUAGGAGGCAUCACCCGCGAUUUGGGGGAGAUGCUCACCAAGUUGCAGGGCCGCGACUUCAGCUGCGAGUUCAAAUACGACGGCCAGCGUGCUCAGGUGCAUUGCGAUCAAGACGGCAAAGUCACGAUCUUCUCGCGACAUCUCGAAGUCAUGACUGAGAAGUACCCCGAUCUGGUUGCAUUGGUACCGAAGAUUCGCGGCGAGGGAGUCAGCAGCUUCAUCCUGGAGGGCGAAGUCGUCGCUGUGGAUCGAGGGUCUGGAGAUUUGAAGCCCUUUCAGAUACUGGCGAAUCGAGCAAGGAAGGACGUGGUCAUCCAAAGCGUCAAGGUGGAUGUCUGUCUGUUCGCUUUCGAUCUCAUGUACUUGAACGGAGAGGAGCUGCUGGAUCGAUCGUUCCGGGAGAGACGAAAUUUGCUUCGCAGCUUGUUCAUUGAGAUUCCUAACCAUUUCACCUGGGUGAAAAGCUUUGAUGCCACUUCGGCGGACGGCGACGCUGUCAGCGACUUCUUCAAGCAGGCCACAGACAUCAAAUGUGAAGGGAUCAUGGUCAAAGUGUUAGACAAUCUGCCCAAUCCUGAGCUCCAGGCAGAGAUGGACGUGGAGCCUGCUGAAGAAGUGUCAGCUCCAAAACCUGCACCAAAGCCGAAGAAGGGGAAGAAAGCGAAGAGCAAGCCUGGCGACAAAGACCCUGCCGAUGAGCCUGAGGAGAAGAAGUCCGGCCGCCGCAAAGCCCUCCUUUCCACCUACGAACCCGACAAGCGUCUCGACUCAUGGCUCAAAGUGAAAAAGGACUACAACACGCAGACAGACACCAUCGACCUAAUUCCCGUCGGUGGAUGGCAUGGCCAAGGACGCAAGAAUGCGUGGUGGUCACCCAUCCUCCUCGCCUGCCGCAAUCCAGACACCGGCAGCCUUGAAGUCGUCACUAAAUGCAUCUCCGGCUUCACCGACGCCUUCUACAAAGCUAACCGUGCCAAGUAUGAUCCUGGCGGACCCAAUGUCAUCUCUCGUCCCUCAUAUGUCGAAUACGGCGGCGAGCCAGACGUUUGGUUUGAACCGCAAGAAGUAUGGGAGAUGCUCUUUGCGGAUAUCACGUUGAGUCCGACGUAUACGGCCGCCAUUGGGCUGGUGAGCGAGGAUAGGGGCUUGAGCUUGCGGUUUCCGAGAUUUCUGAAACUCAGGAAGGAUAAGAGCAUUGAGGAGGCGAGUUCGAAUGCCUUUUUGGCGGGUCUGUAUCAGAAGCAGAUGGAGAGGGCGCCGGCUGAGGGGAAGGGGGAUGUUGGUGGGGAGGAGGGUGAAGAGGAGUGA